GGUACCUUCCCUGCAUAGUAAUGGUAUAGCCUAAAAUCCGACUGUGGAAUCGUGACAAGGUUGUGUUUGUUUUAUUUUCUUAAGCAGCAGUGAUUGCAGAUGUGAUAGCUAAAUAAUGUAGUUAGAUAGACACUAAUUUAUUAAUGACGUACUAUAAAGUAUAUCCGUGUGUUUGUGUGUUGUCGUAAGGAGAUUCAUUGUUGAAACAAUAUAGUGAUUAGGGCAAACAUCAAUUUCUACCUAAAACUAAAAGUAAAGUCUAAAGAGGCCUUUCUGUUUGUUUGCCGCCAGUUUGGCUGAUCACUCCUUGGGCCAAUCCCCGCUGAGGACGUUCGAAAGGGAUCACAUGGGUUCAACAUGACUAAACCAAAAUGGGGAUUUCGACAGGAUUAUCGCCAGGGAUGCCUGAAGAUUGCAGGUGAAACUUUUGGAAGAUGCCAAGAAAGCUCAAAUCACAAGAUGGGAAUCCGUAUGAGGCCAUACGGGGGUUAUGGGAAGGAGCUUAUGUAUCUCAGUUUAUUCGACUCUUCCAAGGAAAAUUUGGUUUUCCAAGCAUAACAGUCUGGGAUCUUGAGGACGCUUUGGUUGAUGGUAGCAGCGUACUUGUUCCUGAUGUCUGUGCUCGACUGUUGAGGUUUCUCACUGCGAAGAAAGAUACAUUGAUUGAAAACUUUGAGACAACGUUGUAUAAUUUGGUAAAUAAAGAAAAGGGAGGUCCAUUACAGAUUCAGGACAGAUUAGGGAGUUGGAAGGAGCUUAGUCCAGAGGAUAAGCUGAGUGUUCUAAAGUGGCUAGUGGAUCAUGUAUACAAGAAAAAAGAAGAGGAGCUUGCUGAAUAUUUGGAUGAGAACUAUAGUUCAGAUGAUUUGCGAGGAAUCUGUGCUGGUCAGGAUGCAUUUAACAAUUUCUACUGGUACUUAGAUGAUCUUCGGCUCUACCGAGAAAAUUCUUUUAAGAAGCCCAACAGGAAAGAGUGGGAAUGUGUUUGUGUGUCACUUGCUGAUUGGCAAUCAUUUCUUAAACAGUUCAGGAAAACGUCAAACAUCCAAGAGCGAGAAUUGCAUACUUAUCUCAACUUUCAGCUGUUUCCUUUAAUUGAAAGUCAGCUAAAGGAUCUGGAGAGUAAAAAGAAGAAUCAAGAAGCUGAGAACUUGAAGUUGUUAGAGCAGGAACAGAAGGAAGUUGGUAUCAUGCUAGAAAAAAAAGUCACCUGUAAUGGUGGCAGUGGAACUGCUGCAAGUUUAGUGAAUGUGAAUGGUGUAGACUCGUUAAAUCAUGAAAAUGUUAAUAAAACAAUAAAAACUGCUAGUGAGGCUACUGAAAAUGGCUUAGAGGAGUUUCUGCCCAAAGUUGAGGCUACAAAGACUGAGCGUGACAUCAAAAUGAAUCUUUGCGAGGAAAACAAAGGAUUACUUGUAAAUACUAACAAUUCUAGUUCUAACAUAGUAAAUGGCAAUAAUGAUAUGACAUCUGGUGUCAUGAAUAAUUCAUGCAGCAACCUUUCUUCAAACUCGUGCAGUACUAGUGGACAAGAGGGAUGUCAAGAUGGUGCCAAUAUAAUAGUUAAUGGAAGUAACUGCCCUACAACUGGGAAUCCAAAGACCAGUGCCCAGUCUUUGGAUAAUUCUCAAGAUGCUACUCAUCCAAUAUUAACAGACAAUCGAAGUGAAGGCUCAGUCAGCAGUAAUAAAGAAAAUGCACCUCCUUCAGCUGGAGUCAACACUACAGAUCUACCCCCAGUAUCUGCGAUCUCAAAUAUGGUGUGUUCCACAGUUUCAAUCCCAACAUCAUCUUAUGUCCAACCUCUCCCUAGCAACAUGCUCAACAAAUCCUCUAUUUCCAUGGAGACACAGUAUAUGCAGCAACAGAGUCAGAUUUUUGUAUUUUCUACAACUUUAGCCAACAAAGCAGCUGAAACUGUUAUAUCUGGUCACUUUCCUUCAAUAAUAGCCUUUCAUUGUAAUCAACCAGGCACAAAACGUUUUCUGGAGAAACAUCCUUUGAAAGUCCACCAAUUUAAUCGUCAAAACACAUCACCAUGGUUUAACAGCUUGGCUCAAGGAAAACAAAAUAAACAGCUGAAGGUAGGAGGUGUGGGUCCACUACCAGGAUCAUCCAUGGUCAACCACCAGUUGCCCUCUGGACAAUCUAUGUGCACUGGUCCCUGUAUGGUUCAUGGUGCUGCCUCAUGUUCUGUUUCUGGUGGAAGCAGUGGCUGGUCAGGCCCUCCCAUUGGAACUUCUGGGAUAGGGCCUUGUGGCUCAUCUGACAUGAAUCCUCGGUCAGGAGUAUUUCACUGGGGCACUCAUCAGCAACAAGGUACACUCCAUGGUAUGAAUAUGAAUCCUCAUCAAAAAUUUCAGCCUCAUAUGUCUAACCCAGGUCAAUCUUCAGGAAUGCGACCAAUGGUCCGUGGUAUGCUACCUGGUAAUACUGGUGGGCCUAUGGGUUCUAAUAUAUCUGGCUGUUGCUCUAACCCAGGAGCUCAUUACCUUGGUGCACCUAGUGAACCUUGUGGUGCUUCACAAGUUCAGUCUUCCCUUACAGGAGUGAAAAUUCCUGAUGAAAAUUUAACACCUCAGCAACGCCAACAUCGAGAAGAACAAUUAGCAAUGAUUCGGAAGAUGCAACAAUGGUUAUUUCCAGAUCAGCAGGGUAAUGAGGUCCCUCCUUCCUCAGAACCUAUAAUGAAUUCACAAGGGGUUAUGAUACCUGGUGGAAUGGGAAGUCAUGGUUGUGUGUCUGGUGCAGUGAUGUGUCCUCAUGCUGGGAUGGAGAUGAUGUGUGGACAAGGAUGCAUUAUGGGUGACCAUCAUCCACAUCCAUCUUCAGAUGGUGGUAUGUAUCAUGUGCCUUCCAGCAUGAUGGGUCCUCAGUAUCCCACUCAGCAGAAUGUCCCACCUUCCUCAAUGGCAGCCCAGAUGGAGUGGCAGAAGCUGCAACAGCAGUUCAUAGAAGAAAGACAGAAGAAGCCAUCAGUAUCCCAUCCCUCACCCAUGGUUCAACAGACUCAGCCAACAGUAAAUAGCCCAAAUCCAAAUGUUGGAAUGAGUCCAAAUACAAGGGUUCAAGGGCCCCCUCCACCUUAUCAUCCCAAUCCACAUGGGGCCAUGCCAAGCCCUCAUCCCCCUUCUCCAAAUCUCUCUAUGCCAUCUCCACGAAUGCCUUCUGUUACAUCACCUGCUGAACCUUCACGUCAGUUUUCUCAUCUCACUCCUCCAGGAUCUCGCAUGCCUCAUCCAAGUCCUGGUGGUGGUGUUAACAAUAGUUUACAUUCUACACCUAUGAAUUCCCCAAAACCUCCACCAUCUUCAUCUGCAUGCAAUGGGCAAACAAGUGGAAAUAUUCGGACAUCAAACUCUUCAAGUACUAACACAACAAGUACAAUGGCACCUAUGUUACCAAGCUUCAGUCCUAUGGGUACUAAUUCUUCCAGGAAAGCACCUGGGCAGCAAACAUCAGUUAGUUCUUUAGAUAUUAAUUCAACGAUGAUGACCAACCAAACAUCAGUGUCACCACUUACACGGUCUACUUCAUCAGAAGACAUGUUUUCGACUAACUGUGGUCACCAUCCAUGUAAUCCUGUUGCAUCAUCUCACAAGAACGUACAGAACCCAGAACUUCCUUUACAAUCGGGAACUUUGGGGAAGGAAGCGAGCUUGAUGCCUGUACCAUCUCCACAACAAAUUAUGUACCUUAAUUCUUUUGAUGGCCAAGAGCUCACAAUUCAAAAACAGCCCAAUACUAGUCUAGAAGCUGACUUAAUGUCCCCAUCAAGGUUAUCCACAGAUAACUCUCAGCCUUUCCCUAGAUCUGAAGGAAUUCAGGGGCCAUUGCCAGUAUCAACAAUGUGUGGUGCUCCUGAUAAUAUGAAUGCUCAGUCUUAUGUAAGACUGCAGGCUCCAAUAGUGGACAAUAACCAACCUAGGUAUCCUCUUUCAAAUCAGAUGGCUGGGUAUGACAAUAAUUCUCGUUUCAUAAAUCCACAACCUCAGGGAAUAGACCUUGGUAUGCAACGUUUUGCUGUUCCCCAAAAUUCUAGUUUAGAGGGAAUGGCUCGUAUGGCUGGAUCUGGGACGUUGGAGCGGUUUCCUGGUGGAAUUAACAUUGGUAAUAGCCUUAGACCAGGCAGUUCAAAUAUGGAUGGCAUACAGAGAUUUACAUCUUCAAACAGUGGUGUGGAAAUAAUGAAUAGGUUUCGAGGACCAAAUUCUAAUAUGGAGAUGAUGCAACCUCGAUACCCUGGAAUAGGGACACACAUGGUGGGCCCAGAUGGGAUUCAACCACAUCCUCAGUUCCCACCUUCUGGAGCUGAAGCUAUACCACCUCAUCAUUAUGCAAGUCCUGCCCAAACCUUGAUAUCAAAUGAAGGUCACUCCCACCUCCAUUCCCUCCAGAAAAUGACUCCACCUUUUGACAUCCCUCCUGGAGUAAAGUUGUCUUCAGAUAUUGCCCAGCAUGGGACUGUAAACCAGAUGUGUUCUGGGCCACCUCAGCUUUCUUAUCAGCCCAUGGGAUCUCAAAAACUCACACACUUUGACCCACUUGGUUCCAUUGCUGCAAUGAGUGAUUCAGCUGGACCAGCAUCUUCGACAGUUUCUCAAACACAACAGAGUAUGAUGACCACAACAAUGAAUAUGUCUAGUAUGCAUGUAAGUGGUAACUUAGGAAACAAUCCAAAUCAACCACAUGUUGUAAAUUUUAAUACCUCCAUGCAAGCAGUUCAAGGUGUUCAGCAAUCCAUGACACAGCAGGGUGGAUCAGAUGGGGCUCAAGGGCAACAACAAUACAUGGGUUCCCAGAUGGCCCAUAACAUAGGUGGUGGUCCUCAGACUGUGAAUAAUACUUAUGUUAAUGCCACGAUGUCAAUUCAGCAGCUCAACAUUCAGAAUGUGACAACUCCCACUUACAGCCCUACCAUGCACCAUCCACAUUCAUCUGUUGUUCAAGGACAACACAUGGGUGCACAGACUGCUAGUUCCUCUGUCACCUCAAACCAAUCCAUAGCCCAUAGUUCUGUAUCUCAAAAGCCCUCUGUGAAUAUGAGUAUGGUGGGGCCACGUGGACCCAACCAACCACAGCCCUUCCCAGGACAUCCUAUGGGUGGACAAAGAAUGAUGAGUCCUGUAGGAGCAGCCAUGGGACCAGGAAUGAUAGCCAAACAUACAGGGCCAGCAAGCAUUCCCUAUAAUACAACAAAUGUACAUGUGAAAGCAAGUGCUCCAAAUACUAUUCAGUACUUACCAGCUAGACCCACUGUAGCUACUCCUGGGUCCACUCGGCCACCUAGUCUGGAAUUCCUGCAGAGGUUUGCUACCCCACUGACCAACCUUGAUGCAAAGGUUCCAACACACAACCUGCAGUACUUCCCAGGAGUUACUCCCAUUAACUCGAACAUUGGACCUUCAAUGGGUCCUUCUGGUCCAGGGCAAGUUAUGAUAAAUACUCAGCGACCAAUGAGUAUGGGAGCAGGGGCAAUGUUGCGAGGGCCACCAGUGAGUCAUCAAGUCAUUACUGGUGGUGAAAUGUACCCUGGUCCAGGUGGACCUGGAGGAAAUGAUCCUGCAGUGUUUGGACAGCCUCCAAGACUACAAGGAAAUGGCAUGAUGAGUAUAAGUGGCAUGGGAGGAGGGCAAGGUGGAGGAAUGUUUCCUGGAAAACAAACACAAAUAUCUCCUGCGGGAAUGGCAGAUGUCAGUCAACCCCUACAGCCAUCUUUAGGACAUUCACUGAAUUAUAAGCAUUCUCCUCUGUAUGCCCCCACAACUGCUGACCCAAACUAUGCAGUGCAAUUUCACAACUUUCAGCAGCAACUGUAUGCUACUAAUACUCGUGGUAGCCAGAUGAAUUCUCAGAGUAGCAUGUCAUCAGGACAGACUUUCUUUGGUCCAAAGUGAACAGCUAGCUACCACUUAUAACAAUUAGAUGCUGUUUAGUAAUCUGCAGUUAAAAAUGUGCUGGCUCCUAAGUUUCAAGUUCCUUCAGUUAGGUAAACACUUCAUAUGUACAAAUACCAUACUGUGUAUAUAACAUUACCCGUAUGUACUUAAAACCUCACGUAGAACAUGACUGCGUGCUUCUCUGUGUAUGUGAUUACUUGACAAUGUGAGUAUGUGGGUAUGGUAAAUCUACUUGCUCAAUAGUUAUAACACAAUGUAACGUCAUGCCAAUGCCACAGAUCUCGAGAUGAAGCUAUUUUUACAGUGGAUACUGUAACUGUAAACCCGAUAGUAGUGUAAUUCGUGUGUCUUGCUCAGUACAAGAGUGUAUUGAAUACAAAGGCUGAUAUAACUGUUUUCUUUUUUCAGUCCCAAAGCAGACUUAAUCUGCAAUUGGUGCCAUGUCAUGUAUGGUGUUCUACAGAAACUAAUACUCGCUGCUUAAUGUGGCAGCUCACUUCAACCUUGCCUGGACAUUAUUUACUUGUACUUAACCCAUUGUACAUUUAUUGUUGGGUUGCAGGCAAGAUUAACAAUUUGGUGCCAUUUGUGUUUGUCAUAUUAGUUUGAAAGUAUAAUGAUAGUGUACAUAUCUGCUGCCAGUUUUACCAUGUAGAAAAGGUAAAACCAGUGGCUAUGUUUGUGGAGAAAGGUGAAAGUUACAGAAUUGAAUUAUAGAUUUCAUACCAAAAGCCAUGAGUUUUUGUAGGAGAUACUGAGACAUCAGUCACGAGUAAUUUUAUUUUUGUAUUUUAUCGACUCUGAUAGCAAUAUCUUUACAAACUCACACUAAAAAAAUACACAUAUAACCAAAUUUCUGUUUAUGAGAUGAUGGACAGGCACAACUGUGUUAGGCUUGACUUUAUAUUAGUAAAAAUUAAUUAUGCUCUUUUUACUAUUCCACUUCACACACAAAUGAUAUUUUUUAUAUUAAAAAUAUUUGAAUAAAAGGUUAAAGAGCAGAAAUGAAAUGUAGAUGUCAAUAUUCUAGAACAUUUUUCUAGACUCUAUGUGAGAGAAAAGAAAAUGUAUAUAAAAUACUAUUUAAGUGUUACACUAUCUCUUCAAAUGAAUAGUUAAACUAUUUCGUAUGUUCCAGUAACUUAAAUGAACUGUGCAAUGUGUGAGAAAUGUUAUGAUUUGGAUUUACAUAUGUUCUGGUAUAAAAUUUUGAUUAUCUUAAAAUACACAGUUUUUUUAUACAGUUUCAUAAAAUUGGAAUGAAUACUGUAACCACUGAAAGUUAUGAGAAAAGAAAAUGUGUAGUGUGGGAAAAUGAAAAAAACCAUCUUUUGAUAGAUUAUAAUUUUUUGAUAGUUAAAAAAAAAAAAGUCCAGUGAGCAUUCUGGUUUCAGUUGAUUAAUUCAGCAAAAUAUGAUUAAAGUGUUCCCACCAGUGCCAACUUAAAUAGUGAAAAAAUGGUCAAGCAAAGCUUAUGAAUAGGAUCUGAUGUAUAUUGCUUUAAGUUUAAAAAAAUUAAGGAUUUUUAUUUGUAAAUGCAUUUAGAAUGGGGGAUGGCAUGGCAAGCCAAGAAAGUGCAUAAGGAAGCUUACUUUAAUUUGAUAAAAAAAUUGUACAGGUUAGUGGUAUUAGAUGGCAGCUUAUUCAAAACAUAAUGUGCAGAACCUUAAAAUAUCAAAUAAAAUGAUAAAGAAGACACGAAAAUGAAUCCCAAAGAGAUAAUUAAACAUAUAAAUAUAAAAAAUUUUCUCCUCCAGCAAAUGUUUAUAAAUCUGGAAUUAACACUUUUUUUAUAUAUAUAUACGAUCAUUAAACUUGGUUGUUUUUUACUUCUAUAACCCAUUGAUAUACUGCAUAACAUCGUUUGACACAAUUUUCAUCAACAAAGUUGUGUGUGUUUGUUUAUAUUUCAUAUAUAAACAUCUCAGUAGCUAUUAUUGAGAUAAGAAUCUUUUUCAUGUGUUCACUUGCAGAAGAAUUGGUAAAUUUCUUACUUUCUUGAAAUAAUAGUUGUUUAGAUCUUAUCAGAAAGAUUCAUUAGUAUAAUAUUUUUUAAAUCCUUACAUAAGCUAAUCAGUUAAUUAAAUGAAGUCUCUGGUAAUUGAGAAGCAUUUUGUACUUCAAGGAUCUUGUAGUUGUUAUCCAUAUAUUUCUAUCAAAAGGUGUUGUUCAGUGAAGUGCCAUUUACUUUUAUUUUGUUAUUAAACUUAGAAGUAAAACCAUUUUUGUAUUAUGAAAUAUUUUAUGGAAGUAUAUAGAUACUUAAAUGGGAUUAGUAAUCAGUUUUCAUUAACAUUUUAUUUGGUGUUAAUUCCUUAAUACUUAUUUU